AUGGCUGCAGCCACAACGGAAUCCGUUCAAUGUUUCGGCCGGGAAAAGAUGGUGGUAGCUGUUACCCAAUGCGAGCGAGGCCGUGGCCUGAGCGAGAUCAAUGGCGUUCCCAUCGAGCUAGUCCAACCUAAAAUCCUCCUUACACGGCUUUUGAACCAAUUCUACUCCUCGACCGCCACCGCUUUGCCAGAGUUGACAUGCGCAUCUGCGUGA